GUUAACGUUAGGGUUUAGGCAAGGGUUAUGGUUAGGGUAAGGGCAGGAGUUAAGGUUAGAGUUGGGACGUUCCAAAGAUCCCGGGAUGGACUUAAACCAUUUUUUUUGUAGCUAGUCACCCGCCAUUCCACUCGCUAGUGUUUCGUUCCAUCAGAUAACCUUUAUGGUGCUUCUGGUAUGGCGUCUACCAUGUAAUGCAAUAAUUAUACUUAAACACAGCUAGCCACCUAAACGUGGAGAAACGAAAUACAUGGUUGCAAGCCCUCAGCACUAACCAGGCUGUGGAGAUAGCCAGUGGGUAAUGAUGGAGCAGGAGGAAGUGCCGGACACAAUUAGUCAGGCCAGACACUCUCUCUUUGGAUGCAACAACAAGAGGGGGGAUAAAAGGCAACGAGAAAACAGCACUGACGAGGAUGGAGGGGAAGUACAAGAGAAUGACUGGGAUGAAAACUAUGAAUGUGACAGCAACAUAUCAUAUUUCGAAGAUGAGAUGGAUCGACUUUUAGACCCAGAGGAAAAUAAAGACUGUUGGACAGAACCUUCAGAGAUUGUAGACUGCAAUGGAACAGCAGUUACAGAGACUAGAGGGAGGGAAGACUCCCUGUCCAAUGGAACAGAAGUUAUAGAGCUUAGAGUGGGCAGUGAUUCUCCUCCCUGUAGGACAGCAGUUACAGAGACUAGAGGGAGGGAAGACUCCCUGUCCAAUGGAACAGAAGUUAUAGAGCUUAGAGUGGGCAGUGAUUCUCCUCCCUGUAGGACAGCAGUUAUAGAGGCUAGCGGGAGGGAUGACUCCCUGUCCAAUGGAACAGAAGUUAUAGAGCUUAGAGUGGGCAGUGAUUCUCCUCCCUGUAGGACAGCAGUUAUAGAGACUAGAGGGAGGGAUGACUCCCCUCCCAAAGCGACAGUCUCUUUACAGUCCAGAGUAAGGUUUCCCUCGUCUUCCUCUUUAAUAGAUUCCGAUUUCAAAGAGGAGUUGGAUCAACUUUUGGACCAAGAUGAAGACGGUUGGACAGAACAUUCAGAGACGGUAGACGGGAAUGAUUCCCCGUCCAAUGGGACAGACUCUUCACAGCCCAGAGUAAGGGGGUCCUCCCCUCUCUCCACUGAGGCUUCAGAGUCCAGUGAGGAGGAUGAAGACACCUUUUCCUUUGAGACAGAAGCCAUAGAGACCAGAGCUUCAAAAAAGAGAAAAACCAUCUCCAGCCCUAAAGGAACACAGAAAAAGGGGCAAAAGAAGGCCAGGCCUCCAUCCUCUCCCCUCUGGUUAUCCAGCCCUGCCAAAUCCAGAAGGAACACUCAUGCAGCCACACCUCUUAUCAUUGGGUCAGUAAGGAGGUGGAAGACUGAGGAUGAACCAGACCAAGAGCCUAAACUGUUCCCCUUCGAACCAGCUAGGACUCCUGGACCCCAGCUAGACACUUCAAAGAACUACACUGUUCUAGAGCUCUUCCAGCUCUUCUUCAGUAAUGACGUUGUUGAUACUCUCUGCUCAAACACCAACAAGAAUGCCAAGAGAAGACAUGAACAGGGAUUUAAACCUGUAUCUGUGGAGGAAAUGUACAACUACCUCAGCAUUGUAAUCUAUAUGGGUCUGCUGAAUGUGCACACUGUAUCAGACUACUGGGUCCCGAACAGGUUGUAUGGUAUUCCUUUUUGCCGUACAGUCAUGACUAUGACAAGAUUUCGGGCAAUCACCUAUUCACUGCACAUGAGUGACCCAGCAGAGGAUGAGGAAAACGACAAGAAGAAGGGGACUGCAGACUAUGAUCGGCUCAUGAGAAUCAAACCUCUAAAAGUUCAGAUUUUGGAUGCAUGCAGGGCCUUCUACCACCCAUUCCAGAACCUUUCCAUUGAUGAGCGCAUGGUGCACUCCAAGGCCCGCCACAGCCUCAAACAAUACAUUAAAUCCAAGUCCUACAGGUAUGGAUUCAAGCUGUAUGUUUUAGCAGAUUCAAGAAAUGGCUACACAUGCGACUUCAAAGUCUUUAUGAGCAAAAACCCAUCUGCUUCAGGCAAAGGGGAGAGCUAUGACGCUGUCAUUGACCUGUUGAAUAUCCCUCAUUUGGGCACUGGGUACCACAUUUACGUUGAUAAUUAUUUCACCAGCACAACUCUCUUCCGUGACCUGUACAAGAACAAAUUAGGAGCUUGCGGAACCAUACGUGAAAACCGUGUGGGCCUCGCUGGUGUUCAAGAGAACAGUAUGCCACCCAGAGCAAAGAGAGGGACCAUCCGCUGGCUUCGUGACGGGGAGCUGCUCUUCACCAAGUGGAUGGACGCACGACCAGUCAUCAUGUGUACCACCAUCCAUAAAGCCUUUGCAAAGGAGCAGGUGCAACGACGCAAGAGGUUAGAGGAUGGCACCUGGACAACAGAGCCUGUACCCGCCCCAGCGCCGAUCAAGUCCUACAACAAGUAUAUGGGGGGUGUGGACCUGUCUGAUUCCCUUAUCAAAUGCUACAGUGUGGCCCAGAAAACAAUGAAGUGGUACAAGACCUUCUUCUAUCACUUUGUAGAUGUUGCUGUGGUGAACAGCUGGCUCAUGCACAAGGACAUGGCUGUGACUAAGAACACAAAGCCCAUGGCCCAAAAACAGUUCAGGGAGAAGCUGUGUUCGCAGCUUGCUGACAUUGCACUGAAAGGGGAUGUUCAGGAGGUGAGGGAUGAGGAGCAGAAGGAACAACCGAGCGAACAGCGAGUGGAAAUGCAGGGUGAAAAGCAUGGUGAAAAACAGGAUGAAAAGCAGGGUGAAGAAGAGGAAGAGGUGGAAGUUGGUUUAUUGUGCUGUCCUGUGCCCACAAAAGAUCCCAUCACUGUUGCGUUGUGUAAUAAAGCUUCUGAGGGAAGGAGGCAGUGUCAUUUGUGUAAGCACAAGACCAUUUGGCAGUGCGAGUCCUGCAAGGUGGCACUCUGCAUAAUACCAGAUAGGAACUGCUUCAGAAUAUGGCAUGUGAAAAAAGACAAUGACAAGCAAGAUUCAAGUUAACAGUUUAUUUUCGUUCCAGGGGUUAGGCCUACAGGAUUUCUGAAUUUGUGGGAUGUAUAGGGAAUUGUUGCGCCUAUAUAUUGUCACACAUUGGGCCAGUAACCGAAAGGUCGCUGGUUUGAAUACCUGAUCCGACAAGGUGAAAAAUCUGUUGACGUGCCUUUGAGCAAGGCACUGUACCCUAAUUUGCCCCAGGGGUGCCAUACUACUAUGGCUGCCCCUGUAAAUCAACAGAUUUCACUGCACCUAUCCGGUGUAUGUGAUAACAAAACUAUUUUUUUUAUUCAAAUGUAUGUGUUCACCACAAAUGUUUGCUUAUGGUUGCCAAUAGAUUUGUGCGGUAAACACAUGGCUUGCUAUAACUGCCAAAAGCUCAACAAUGAUUUCUAUAUCACAUAUCAGGGAUUGCUGAACAAAAAAACAUUGGAAGACAUUUUGCUGUCCAUUAGAGAAUUAGCAACUGUUUUUUUUAUUGAUCAUUUUGGAAAUUGUUUCAGAUCAUUCUGAAUUUGUUUUUCACCUUUAUGCUUUGGAAUUGCCACUUUGGGAACAUCUCAGCUUGCUUGCUUUGGGUACCAGGGUUUGGGUUAAUAAAUAAAAACAUCUAUAACAUUC